UGCUGAUGGACCCCUUGGCUAAGCCAGUAUCGCGAAACGCUGACCUGUGGCUCAGCUUGUGGAAAAAGUCGAUGUUCAAUGCGCCAGCAGCGAUAAACAACGCACAUCCGAUGAGCGAAAAGAAGAGGUCCUAUAAGAUCUUCUGCCGCACUCCACGCUCGUUUCCCAUCACCAUAGCUCGAGGAGGAAAGGGACCUUUUCAUCGAGAAACAUCCCGUUUCGCCGGGCUGACUAUAGCGGCUUCGUCGGAGAGAACUCGGGAAAAGCACGGAAUUCGAAAAAAAGAAGGGAGACCAACGGGUGGCUGGAGAGCGUACACCGGCUCGUAGGGGGUGGUACAUGGUGCGGUAAUAGCAUAAAUCCGUGGACUGUGUAGUCGGUUCCCGAUGGCCGCGAGGAGAGGGGAGGGACAGGCCGGAGGCAGGCCGACUGUUGGAAGAAACGACAGUCGCCACUCGACGCCUGCACUGAACGGAAGGCAGCUCCACGCAAACGCGACACUCGGCAUUUUCGAAAGCUCCUCGACCGUGUGUGUUUUCAUCGAGGAGGAUAAUCUCUUGGCGACAUAUCAAUCGCGAGUACCUCGCGCUGUACACACACACACACGCGCGCGUGCAUUUGCCCGAAGGAAAAGAAAGAGAGGAGAGAAGAUCGCUGCUUUGCGAAUUUCUCUUUUUGCAAACAGCGUGAAACCAUGAAACGUCGCGGGCUCGUGCUGGAUCCUGUGUGAACGUCCCGAGGAGUGAGAGAGGAGAACAACGAAGAGCGCGAGAAUCGAUCGAGGGAUCGUGAUCGAUCGAUCAGCGGAAGCGCCUCUUCCGGUCGGCGCGAAUUUCAACGGAUUGCGCCGAGCGAUUGUGCCGCGCGAUCGCUCUCGCGAAGAGGAGAUCGAAGGGAUUCUCUUUCUCUCACUCUCGUGUUCGCCGUACUGGUGUCUCGCUCGGAGUCGGAGCAGCGACUCGCGCGCGACUCGUGAAAGUGCACGACGGUGUGGCGUCGGCCACGAGGACACGCCGAUCGGCAACGACGCCGAUCUGUCAGUCGAACAGGUGCGAGCCGCGACGCGGCGAAAACAGUCCGGAGGGAAGAGAAGAGAAGAGGGGUACGCGACUCGCACAGUGUGAGCGAACGCUCUUGUUGUUCCGUCGAAUGUUGACUCUAGACGAGGAGAGGUGUGUGUGCGCGAGCGAGAUACGUCGUGCACAUAAAUACACUGAAAUGUAAACGAAAAUUGAGCGAGUCGACUGGACAGUCGUACAGUCGUGCAAUUGAGAGACAGAAGUAAUCGGGAGCGCGCGCGCGCGCGCGAGAGCAGAUCGUCGCUCGUUUGACAGGCUGAGGAGAGAAAGUGACGUUUGUUCGACGAUUCGAGUGAGACCGUGAAGACACAGAAGAGAGACGGCGGCGCGAGACUGAUCCCAGCGACACGUGACCACUGACCAAAAGCGUGUGCAACCGUGAAGGAAGACUCUGUGCGCGAGUGUGACACAUUUGAGCGCUUCCUCGCUGCGCCUCGUUCUUCUUCGGUUAUUCCGUGAGAAAGUGCGGGACCGGCAGGAGUCGCAGGAGCAGGAACACGCGGUGCGUGAUUAUUCAUUGACGAGUUGGCGGGAGGACCAGGGAGCAGAGGAACGUGAGACGACAAGACCGAGGGGCAAGGGGGAGAGGCCAGCGUAAACACGCGCACGCGGGAAGAGACGCGAUAAAUUGAUACUGUUUUAUCGGAUAUCAGCGAGAGAACGAGACAGAGGAGGACACAAGAGGCCAGAUAGAACGAGGGAGAGGGAGCAACGGGCCUUGCUUCCCGGGUGACCCGAACGUGUGACUGAACCGAUGCAUCUAAGGGGCAGGUGACGAGCGGAAUCCAGAAGAGCGUCCCUGAGAUACUUCGAACGCACUCCGUGAAGAAGUCUCAUCGCGGCAACACGAGAACAAUGUUGAGCCAACGACGAAGGCAUUCUCGCUGGAGAAUGUUCCUCGUCCUCCUGAUGUUCGUCGGGCUGAUCCGUCACAGUGAACUCACGUCUGCCGGCAUACCCGAGUCGUCGUCAUUAGGCUCAGCGCCUGCUGCCAGGAAGAAAUCCCAAGAUCUCGGCUCUCUCAGCGACUUCUCCUGGCAGGCGUGGUUCAUGGUGGACACGCAAGCCGGUGCCCAGCCCGGCAUGGACUCCGCGACUCUUCUGCGGAGGAUAACACCGAAAAGCAUCUUCAUAGCACCCGUGUUGCCGGCGUGUCCCGAUGGUUAUCAGGAGGACGCCAUGGAAAGAUGCGUGAAAAGUGUCAAUUUGGACGAGAACGCGCACUUCAGCUUCCUGCUACAACGUCUCAACACCUUGUAUGCCAAUCAGAAGGCCAGUCCGCAGAGUAAGCAGCCCACCGGUCCUCUGCAGCUGAACAUCCCGCUGAUGCCCAGCUCUAACUCCGAAUCGAAGCCCGAGACGAUAGAAACUCUGUCGCAGAAUGAUCCUCUCGCGGCUGUGGUGGACGAUAUAGGUCUGGCGGAUGACAAGAAGCACGAGGCGACGGCCACUGUGUACGAGGUGAAGAACCACACCGCGUUGGGCGACGAUAAGCAGAAGGAUGAGGAGGAGGAGAGUCUCUCGACAUUCUUUCACGAGAAUCGCAGGCGCGUCAACGUCGAUAAGAGCGAGCAGAAGCCGGACGCGGCGGUGCCAGUGGCCGAAAUAGUCGAGACCAACGAUACCAGCUUCUCGGGGGUGGUGGACUACAAGAUCCCGACAGACUUGAAGACUUUAUCGAACGCGUCAAGCGCGAAGAGGUUCAACGCGAGCGAUAUCGGGAAUGAAGAUCCCUCGACGACGGACAAGCUGAUUAACGUCACUGAAAUAUCACCCAUAAUGAAACUGUUGUCAUCUACGAUAAUUCCGAGUACAACUGCCAGACCCAAAAUGGACAAUCUGUCGUUGGCGGAGAACAAUACCGUCAACCAUGCGAUCGGACUAACGUCCGAUCAUACCUCACACGCAUUCGCGAAGGAGAUCACCAACGAUAACGCGUCAGAUUCCUAUGGGCUUCCACCUAUGUGGAAGCUGUCGGAGAUGGAUAAGCGUCGAGACAACGAGACACGCACAGAGGAUAAGCCGAAGGAGGAUCUCAAGCUGGAUGAGCCGCAUGAAACCGACUUCCUCUACGAUGAAGAGGAAGAUGACGAGUACAUGUACAGCACGGACGUGCCGGAUGAGGAGUCGACGGAAAUGGAAGGUGAAGAGAUUCUGAAGCACGGAGAGGCCGGCAUGACGAUUCCCACGCAAAAGCCCGGCCUACUGCAUCGCGAGCAACAGCGUUUACAGUUGCAGCAACAACAAAAUCAGACCGCGGAUCCGAAGGCGACCAGCGCACGCGACCAGGUGGUGAUCCGCUUUAACGAAUCUACGCCCACCGAUAAGGACGAGGUGGAGACUAACGUCUCCAGUGAGGUCAGUAUCGACGGUGACCUCAUUCUGGAGACAACUUUGUUGGACGUGAACACCGAGAAGCUACAGGUCACCAGCACUCAGUCGCCGGACGGAGAGAUCGCGACGAAGAGCAACGACAACGACGACUCCAGAGAAUCGUACAGUCAAGACCACGGGACCUCCGCUCCAGAAGUCGUGUUCUCGCCUAGAGAAUCUCACGGCACCGCGUUCACCGGUACCCUUGAACACGACCAAGCCGAGCACUCGACGCGAGUCGACACACCCGUGGAAGACGACAGACGCGACGACACGUUAGAAACAGCGCUACCCUCGUCGGAGUCGUUGCUGUAUGAUCUGCCCGAGCAAGACCGGAUAACCGAGAGUCACACGAUCGACGAGGAACGGUUGAACGUAUCUAAAGAGAGCGUAUUGGAGGACAACACGAAAAGAGCCGACACCACCCCGCGAAACACCCGGUCGGACAGCUUCGUGCGCUUCGAAGACCUCGAGCGAGUCCCCGCGAGUCACGAGCACCUCGAGGAUUAUGUGAGGUUCCCCUCCAGUCCUGUGAGGCAGUCGCAGCAGCGGGCUUACGUGAGAUUUCCCUCCAACAGCAUACACAGACCGAACUACAAACAUCACUCGCAUCAGGCGUCGAACGACGGCGCCUACGGCAGCACCAGCACCAAGAGCAGCGUGCCUAUCAGCCAGAAACCAGUUUACCAUCUGCCGGCGCGGAGCUGGAAGCCGGAUCGACAGCAGGACCAGAGAGCAGCGGCGGCGGCGGCGAUGGCAACGAUCGCCCAGAGGCAGAAGCAGACCUCCCCAACGUUGCUUCGUCUCUGGAACAAGAUGCCGCUGAUCAGGAACCCCCCUAUCUUUCCCGUCGAUCAGUUCCCGACGAAUCGAUCGGGAGACGACGACUUGCUCGAGGGGGGACCGCCGGCCGGGCGACGACUCCACCGGAGCUAUCUGCUAUCGAGGAGCCGACGCACCAACAAGGCGCUCAUGCGGCAACGGCGAAGAACGCCAAUUAGCGGCUAAACGCAUCAUCCUCCUCCUCCUCAACUGACUCCUCGCGUCUUCUACGUCGCUUCACUCGAGAAGGUCUAGUGACCGUUCGGAACUGUGUGCCAAAUGAAUAGGAGGAAGAGGAAAGAAGAGGGGAAAAGCCGUUCACGUACGAGGGAUGAUAGUACUCGGAUUCUCGCUCGCGGACGUUCCACUACAUCGGCGUUUUCGUGCGCGAGCAAUGCUUUGUCGAAAAGAUUAAGGCACUGGGGUGAUUCUCCUUCCUGCGCGGGAUCUCGUCGACGGGGGAGCUACAGCUUUCUUUAGCGCACCAAUUUCUUCGACGGUAACCGCGCGAAUCGCUACUACAUGUAUAAUAGUAUAGUAUUGCGUGUCCAGCGAACGUUGCGAAUCGUCUGGGAAUCUCGACGAUCUCAGAAGGAGCGACCGGAGAACGGUGCCCUUCCUAGAAUUGUCUUCCAGGCACUUUGGCUAGCGGGAGCGUGCUGAUGGGAACGUUUUAGCACGCUGCGAGAAAUUGUCCGUUGGAAAAUCACCCGACAGACACUUCCGACCAAUUUUUUAAUCCGAUUAAAAUACCCGAUUAGAUUUGAUCAGCUACUUCCGAUCAUAAUGGAUUCAUCCGAUUGAACUUGAGCGAAAUUGAAUUUCAUCAGAUAAAUCGAUCAAAGAGAAUUCAGAAUCGAUAUUUCUCAUCGGAUGUCUCCUGAUUGGAUUUAAUGAUUGAUCGGUAUUUGGUCGGAAAUAUCCGUUUGACGACGCUUUUUCAUCGGAUGAUCUCUCUCGGUGCAGGGAAACGGUCACGUUACGAGACGCGACCCCAUAUCGGAAUCCGGGAUAAAACCUCUCCAACGAGUCUCCAUGUCGCGACUACCGUUUCCGGCUGUUUCUCCUUCGCGUAGAAACGAUAAUCGCGCGAUCGAUAGUGCUAAGCGUCCCGAGCGCGGAGAAAGUAACCGGAAAGCGACGACAGAAGAGAUUCGCGCAAAUAGUCUUGCGACACACGACGGCGAAAUACGUCGACGUCGACGCGAGAAGGGCUACUUUCUACGGAAGCCCCAGCAGGAGCUGUCUCGCAUUUAAACAAAGGCGCUGAUGAGUCGCCGCCGAGCAUCGGGUGUCCUUCGCGAACCGGUCGCGUUUAACGACGUGAGGAUACUGAAUUGCGCGAAUUUCAACGCACGUCGCGCGCAACGCGGCGAAGUCGAUCGAGGGGAGCGUCGGAGCUCUCUGCUCGUGUCGAGUCUCAUUAACUAAGCUGACACUCACAAAACACGCAGGCGAAACAUCUAGAGAUCACGUCUUUUGCCGUCGCAACAGAAUGUGCGUAGAUAGAUCAAAGUCGCUAAUUGAAAAGACACUGCCUCGAAAAAGAAAGGAAUGAUCAGACCUUUGAGGCUAUAGACAUAUAAAGACAGACUCAGCAUGCCAUGUACUUCUUUAUGUCACAAAUUAGACUUGGCAGAACGAAGGGAGUAGCAAAACAUCGGCGAAUUUCUACCCGUUGCUGCAUGCGCAUCACUGACAAUAAUGGCUAACAAAUGACAAUAACCCAAAUGUAUCAUAGGAUGUUGUGUGUAACUAUGUAAAUUUUAUUUCAUAUUUUCUUCGAACCAUAUUAUUCGUUUGACAUCAGUGUCAUUAUAAUGUGGACUAAUUUGCAAUUAGGUACUUACUCAAAGCGAUGAAAUAAUUUAAUCAUGCAUAUGUGUUUCUUGACACUCGAAAAUCUACGCAAUCUCUACCAUAACUGUUAAAAAACGAUUGCGCAUUUCAUCCAUGCAGAUAAAGACAGAGAUUCUAUGUUUUUCCACUCUUCUCGUUCUGCCAAAAAUAUAUAUGCUGAAUCUAUUCUAUGUGUCUAUGAGGCCCAUAUUAAUAUUUGUCACAAACUGAAACUUGUCCCACGUGAGAUAUUCAGAUUUAUAUCAGAAUUAGACUCAAGUUUUUCAGUUGAACUCUGAUAUAUGUGACAUUUAUAUCUGUAAUUGCGCGAUUCAACUGAAAAACUCUCAUUUAACUCUGAGUGCAAGUCUGAGUUUCUCACUUAGGACGAGUUUCAAGCGGUAACUAUUGACACGGACCUUAAUCUUCUCACGAGCACUUUUUACGUAGAAAUAGAAGUCACGGACGAUCCUCGAUCUCGUCGUACGUUCGAUUGCAAACGCGGCACUUCCAAACUUCAAUUUUAUCUCACCGACUACCGAAUGUUAUAUACUUCUAAUUGCGUUUUAACAAAAUUGUUCGUUCGACUGAUUGCACUUGCUAUCACUGUCAUUAAUCCGUUAAUACUGAUAUUUGUCAAUUCUAAUGAAAAAUGCGUUCAAUACACGACGAAACAAUCGCAAUUAAUGUUACAUUUGCGAUACGAGUGUGGAAUGAUAAUGAAGAAGAAAAAAGGAAAAAUUUCGCGUGCGAGGAGUAUGUUGAUCACCGGUCAAUUCUGUCGCGCGUCAAAAAGAAGUCAUUAAUUCUGUCAAGUUUUGCGGGCGGGGGAAAACGCGAGUUCUCAAUUUAUAUUAUCGAUUGUACAUUUGCUCUGGCUUGGACACUUCGUUCUCGAUGCAGCUUGACGCACACAGCCGAUGGUACAAUAAGGGGAAACUUAAUUUCUGGGAAUUAAUCGGAAACAAGUUCUCAGGCCGUACUGGAAGCAAGCGCAGAGCGGAUGGAAUUGAGAACGCGCGUCCGUCAUUGAGCGCGUCAGUGUUAACGCUAGUUUCGAGAUAACGAUAUAUGAGCGGCGUUUACGAGAGCUCGCGAGCGAUAUGCCGAGCUACUUCUACAUGGAGGUGUUAUCGCAGCAGACUGAUUUUUUUAGCGUUAUUAUAGAGUAGUAAAUCACGAUUUCCGGUCGUACGAAAAAUCACGAGAGUUCGCGUCGCCUCGCUAUCGGCGACGGAACUUGUGAGCGUUGAUCGUAACACAGCAUCAGUUCCCGCACUCGUCACUGAGUCGAGAUUUGCGGGGUGGGAUGUAGAGAAGUAGGGUGAAACAAUUAUCGACACACCCCCCUUCCCUUUCUGCUUUUUCUUGCGACCAGCAGUGCAGCCAAACUUCCUGCCUGCACUUUAUGAUUCUAAGAGAAAAUUUUAUAACUAAGACUGUGUGAACAACUGUCGCUUGUCGCAAGAAAAACCAGGUUAGAGCAAGAAAGACCACAGUACGUUAUUAUAUUAUAUAUUAAUAUUAUAUAUUUUAAUUCACGAGAAAAAUAUUCCCUCUGGCAUACAAUAUUUUACAAAAUAAAACUAUAUAUAAAGUUAUAAUAUAACUGCAAAAAAAAAAGUAAUUUUUCUUGCGACCAGCAUUGCAAUUAAACUUCUUACCUGCACUUAAUGAUUCCAAAAAAGAACUUUACAAUGGAAACUAUGAACAACUAUGUCGCUGGUCGCAAGAAAAAAUAAAUUAUUAUUAUUAUUAUUAUUAUUAUUAUAUGUUUUAAUUCACGUACGAAGAGGUUUCCUUUGAUAUAAUAUUUUAAAAAACGUGUUUUUAUAUUUUUACAUAUUUUACAAGUAUUAAAAAAAAUUAAUAAUUUAACCUAAACAAACUACGAAGAGCAUAACUGAGAAUUAAAAAAACUAUUUUAUUUCUAAACCUUUGUUUAGGGUAAAUGACUAAGGGGGAUCAACAAUUGCAUGUCGAUAAUUUUUACCCUAACUUCGGUUACACCGUCACCAUCGCAGGAGGCGUCCGAGAGAAUGACUCGAAAUUGGCGACUCACGUGUGAGUGUGAACGGACAUGCAAUUUCGACGUCUUGGAUUCCGCGGGUAGACACCUGCAUCGCGUAGCCUGCAACAGCGUAGUUUAAGUGUUUUCGAUGUGAACCUAAUCGAUCGUUGUUUCAUGUCGACGCUUCGAAGAUGGAACUCGAAGUAACCGUCGAAAUCGCUAGUUCUCGAGAGUAGAAAAAUUUCGACGAGCUUAGGGCCGUUAUUCACUUGGUCCUAUUCACCAUCCCGUUCACACUUGUGAGACGACUGCACUUCGGUGGAAACGUCGUCGACACACCGCUAUAACGAAAGCUCCGGUGUUCUGGCUGCGGCACGACGACUAGAAAAGAUACUCAUUGAUUCUUGUUAACACUUUGCGUGCACGAAAUCCUCCCCGUGAUAUAACUCGGCGAAUUCCCAGCCGACCUCGACGUGUAAACGGAGAGAAUUUUGUAGUAAAAACUACUGUAGAAUUUUGUAGCCGAAGAAUAUAUCGACAUUCUGUCGCAAUACACUGUCCCCUUUUGUCUCACAUAUAGGCUUUUAUAUUUCUAUUUCAGGAAUUGUGUAUGAAAUGUGCUAUCAAAAACUCCGCUGUAUCUCCAGCGAAAUUUACUAUGUUCCUCAGCAAGAUGAGCCUUACUGACUGCCUAUUCCUGCGCUAAACACGUAGCAAAAUUGAAAAAAAUUUACAUAGAAAGUAACUAUAAUAUUCUCUCUGUGUAAAAAGCGGCGAAAGUCGCAGUUUUUGUUAUAGCGGAUGUCUCUUCGUCGCGAUUAGCAUCGAAACGUUUCGAGAAUCUCCUCCUUUCGAUUUUGUUAUUGCGCGACGCGACAUGACGCGACACAACGAAGCGGGAAGUUCUAUGAUAAUUGACAUUGUGCGGCCAGUAACUCUACUGCUCUACGUGCGUUUCUCAAUGUGGUGUGUAAUGUCUCUCGUAUACUGAAUGUCGAUUCGUGUACAUAUUAAUUUUAUUACGGAAAUUGUAUAUACAUAGCGUAAAGUAUAAGCAUAUAAUAUAUGAAAGAAGUGUAAGCGUUAACACACACCGUCACACACUCAUACACAAUCGCGUCCCGAUGCGUAUUAAUCAUGACUGUAUCAAAUCUUAUUGUAUUAUUUAUAGCGAAAUAUAUCGAUGUAUAUUGCAUCUUUGUCGUGUUGUGCAAGGCCGCCUGUUAGAUGACAAAGGGAGUUAUAAAAGAUGCAUUCGAUGAUACCAAAA